AUGGCACAGAAUGCAAAGAUCCUCUCGGAUCUGCAGCUGCAGCUCGGCAUUGCCAGUCUGAUCUAUAUCAUCUGGCGAUUCGCCGUGCGCUACAGCUCCAUCUCGAUCUGGCACAUUGUCGGUUUUGUGCUUGUUGAGGGAUCUUUGUUCUUCAUCUACACUCAGCUGCAAGCAUUCUCUCGCCCAAGCUACGAGACUGGAAGCAACGUCGUCCGAGAUGGCGGAGCAGACCUGAAGAGCGAGGGCAUGAUUGCCUACAUGUUUGAUGUGAUCUAUAUUGGGCUCUUCGUCCUGAUCACCUCGGCCUUUAUCUCGGACUACUUCUGGUGGACGUUCCUUGUGAUUCCUGGCUAUGCUGUCUACAAGCUGUGGAGCCAGUCCACCCCCGUUGCCAAAGGACCCGUCAAGAAAGGAAGGAAGUAG